GCUUCAGUAGCGAGAGGGGCUGAGAAAGUGGUGACACCGCCGGGGUGCGGAGGGAGUCCCUGAAACUUCUCCCAACAGCCCCAGGGCCAAUCUCCCCUCAGCCCACUGCCCUCUUCGCAGCUCCCUGGUCCCCACUCCCUGCAGCGGGGGUGGGGUGGGGAGCCGGGCCCGUCUCCCGCGGGGACACACACAGGGGCCGGGAGCGGGGACGGGACCCCCAGGCGGGGGGGGACGGACCGACUGACGGCUGGGCGCCCGCCCCAGCGGGCAGGCAGGCAGGAGGCGGCGGAGGCGGGGGUACGGCGGGGCGGACUGGGGCUGGGGAGUUUCCUCUCAACUAUCGGGGGAGAAACUCCCCGCAGCCGGAGGAAAGACCCGGACGGUGUUUUCCUCCCGGGGGCCGCGCUCCUCCGCCGCGCAUUAGCGGCGGUAGCCGCCGCCACCGGUGCCUCCACCUCUACCAUCUUUCUCCACCACCUCGGGCCCCGGUGUCCCCGGCCAGCACUAUGCCCAUCUUACUGUUCCUGAUAGACACGUCUGCCUCUAUGAACCAGCGCAGCCAUCUGGGCACCACCUACCUGGACACGGCCAAAGGCGCGGUAGAGACCUUCAUGAAGCUCCGUGCCCGGGACCCUGCCAGCAGAGGAGACAGGUAUAUGCUGGUCACUUUCGAAGAGCCGCCCUAUGCUAUCAAGGCCGGAUGGAAAGAAAAUCAUGCAACAUUUAUGAAUGAACUGAAAAACCUUCAGGCUGAAGGACUUACGACUCUUGGCCAAUCCCUAAGGACAGCUUUUGAUUUAUUAAAUUUAAAUAGAUUAGUAACUGGCAUAGACAACUAUGGGCAGGGAAGAAAUCCUUUUUUCUUGGAACCAGCAAUAAUUAUUACAAUUACUGAUGGGAGCAAGUUGACGACUACCAGUGGAGUCCAGGAUGAGCUCCAUUUACCUCUUAAUUCUCCUUUGCCUGGAAGUGAAUUGACCAAGGAACCUUUUCGUUGGGACCAGAGACUGUUUGCAUUAGUGUUGCGGUUGCCUGGUACCAUGUCAGUAGAAUCAGAACAGUUGACAGGCGUGCCUUUAGAUGACUCUGCUAUCACACCAAUGUGUGAAGUGACAGGAGGCCGCUCAUACUCUGUAUGUUCUCCAAGAAUGCUUAACCAGUGUCUGGAGUCCUUGGUGCAGAAAGUGCAAAGUGGGGUGGUAAUAAAUUUUGAAAAGGCAGGACCAGAUCCUUCCCCUGUAGAAGAUGGCCAGCCAGAUAUAUCAAGGCCUUUUGGAUCUCAGCCUUGGCAUAGUUGUCACAAACUCAUAUAUGUCAGGCCAAAUCCUAAAACUGGGGUUCCUAUAGGCCAUUGGCCUGUUCCAGAAUCUUUUUGGCCAGAUCAGAAUUCUCCAACACUACCACCUCGUACAUCUCAUCCUGUAGUGAAGUUUUCGUGUACAGACUGUGAACCAAUGGUUAUUGACAAACUGCCUUUUGACAAAUAUGAAUUGGAACCUUCCCCACUGACUCAGUUUAUCUUGGAAAGGAAAUCUCCUCAAACGUGUUGGCAGGUGUAUGUGAGCAAUAGUGCAAAGUAUAAUGAACUUGGUCAUCCCUUUGGUUACUUGAAAGCUAGUACAGCACUGAACUGUGUCAACCUAUUUGUGAUGCCUUACAAUUACCCAGUCCUCCUUCCUCUCUUAGAUGACUUGUUCAAAGUGCAUAAAGCAAAACCAACAUUGAAAUGGAGACAGUCGUUUGAAAGUUAUUUGAAGACAAUGCCUCCCUACUAUCUUGGGCCCUUGAAGAAAGCUGUUAGAAUGAUGGGUGCGCCUAACUUGAUAGCAGACAGUAUGGAGUAUGGACUCAGUUACAGUGUCAUUUCAUACCUCAAAAAAUUGAGUCAGCAGGCCAAAAUUGAAUCUGAUAGAGUCAUCGGAUCGGUAGGCAAAAAAGUAGCACAGGAGACUGGAAUUAAAGUCCGAAGCCGAUCACAUGGUUUAUCAAUGGCAUAUAGGAAAGAUUUUCAACAGUUGCUCCAGGGAAUUUCAGAUGAUAUCCCUCACAGACUGCUAGACCUUAAUAUGAAGGAAUAUACUGGGUUCCAAGUUGCUUUGCUAAAUAAGGAUUUGAAGCCUCAGACAUUUAGAAAUGCUUAUGACAUACCAAGACGGAAUCUUUUGGAUCAUUUAACAAGAAUGAGAUCUAAUCUUUUAAAGAGCACCCGAAAAUUUCUUAAAGGACAGGAUGAAGAUCAAGUGCACAGUGUUCCUAUAGCACAAAUGGGGAAUUAUCAGGAAUACCUCAAGCAAGUACCUUCUCCACUGAGAGAACUUGAUCCUGAUCAGCCUCGAAGGUUGCAUACUUUUGGCAAUCCUUUUAAGCUUGAUAAAAAGGGUAUGAUGAUAGAUGAAGCAGAUGAAUUUGUGGCUGGACCUCAAAAUAAGCAUAAACGACCUGGAGAACCAAAUAUGCAAGGAAUCCCAAAAAGACGCCGGUGUAUGUCUCCAUUGCUAAGAAGCAGACAGCAGAACCCUGUUGUGAACAAUCACAUUGGAGGAAAAGGACCACCUGCACCUGUGACUCAAGCACAGCCAGAUCUUGUUAAACCCCUUCCUCUUCAUAAAGAAACCACUAAUGAUUCAACAGCUGAUGAUGUAGUUGAAAAUCAUGUUGCAGACCAACUUACAUCAGACAUGACACCACAUGCUAUGGAUACAGAAUUUUCGGCAUCUCCAGCUAAUCUUCUGGAACGACCAACCAAUCACACGGAGGCUCUUGGUCAUGACCAUUUAGGAAGCAAUGACCUCAAUGUUGGUGGGUUUUUAGAAAAUCAUGAUGAGCCAAGGAAUAAAGAACAGUGUGCUGAAGAGAAUAUACCAGCAUCUUCACUUAACAAAGGAAAGAAAUUGAUGCAUUGCAGAAGCCAUGAAGAGGUCAACACUGAACUAAAAGCACAAAUAAUGAAAGAGAUCCGGAAGCCAGGAAGAAAAUAUGAAAGAAUCUUCACUCUACUGAAGCAUGUGCAAGGCAGUUUACAAACAAGGCUAAUAUUUUUACAGAAUGUUAUUAAGGAAGCAUCCAGGUUUAAAAAACGAAUGCUAAUAGAACAACUGGAGAACUUUUUGGAUGAAAUUCAUCGAAGAGCCAAUCAGAUCAACCAUAUUAAUAGCAAUUAAAAGAAAACAGAAUGUGGCCACUUAUUUCAUUAUCUUCUCCAAAUACAAAGGUAUAACAGAGAAAACUGCAGAUAUUUAUAAAGGAAGGCCUAUGUGAAAAUGAAGAACUUUCUUGAGAUCUGCUAUUUUAGUCAAGGGGAUUUGAAACUCUCCCAAUACUGAAGACAACCCCUGUCAAGAAAAAGAAGCAUUUAGUGUAAUAUCAUGUAGUAUUUUCAUAUGCAAUUCUUAAACCUUUCUUACCUCUUCAGAAUACCUUGAAGUAAAGGACUAUCUAAUUUAGAGAUGGGAUUAUUAAAGUAAUCUCUUCAGUCACAUUGGUAAAUUCAACAAAAGUACUAAAAUUCAGAUUUACUAUCAGGUUAGAAAUUAUAUGUAUAUUCUGAGAUCAAUUGAAAACAGAAGUCAUUCAGAUAGAACUUUAUACUUAAAUAAUAUCUAGGGCAAAGAUUCAGUCUUUUCCAAUAAUUGGCAGCUUUCCUUAUCUGAAAGUUAUGUUUCCCUGGCUGCCAAUGAAUUACUUAGUUACUUAGACCUUGGCCUUUGCAUCAUUUUUUCCAGAAUGAAUCCUCAAGGGACCUGGAAAGUAGCAUUUUCUUUUGUCUCCUUUUGUCCUUUCUCAGGCACAAAACUCUUUAUAUCCUCAUACUAAAAUAUUGUCGCAAAGUUUGAAACCCACCAAAACCAAAACGUUUGUGUUUUAAAAAAUGAUGAGCAGGUUAGUUAAACUAGUGAAAUUUCCAGAAUUCUUGACCAAAGGUAAGGAAGCCUAUCUCGGGGGUGGGGGUGGGGUUGUCUUGUAUUCUAAGCCAUUUACAUCACUGAAUGAUACUAUGCUGAACCAAUGACACUCUUGGAAAGGUUGAGGUUUUCAGAGAAUUUUUCUCAAUGUUCCCCACAAGUCCCAUCUGUUGAUUGAUUCAUUAAUUGAUACUAUCAGUAAGAUUUAUCAACUUGGCAGGAUGAAGGCUGAGAUUUCUAAAGAUUUGUUUUUAUUUUAUGUUUAUUAAUGUUUUGCCUGCACAUAGGUAUGUGUACAUGCAUGCCUGGUGCCCUCAG